UCAUUCUCUUUUCAUCUCUACUUCACUUAAACCAAAAAAAAAAAAGAAAAAAAUCAAAAUGGAUCCUAUACUAGUUUAUUCUGGAAUAAUAGCAUCAAUUACUGUUUAUUUUCUUUGGUUUUAUCUACUUGCACAAAGGUUAAGUGGUCCAAAAGUGUGGCCAUUAGUUGGUAGCCUCCCUUAUACUUUCUUAAAUAGAAGGAGAUUUCAUGAUUGGAUUUCUCAAAACCUAAGGUCUACUGGUGUAUCCGCAACAUAUCAAACAUGUACUAUUUGCAUACCAUUUCUAGCUUGGAAACAAGGGUUUUAUACCGUCACAUGUCACCCCAAAAACAUCGAGCAUAUUCUUCGAACCAGGUUCGAUAACUAUCCUAAAGGACCAACAUGGCAAAACGCAUUCGAUGACUUAUUGGGUCAAGGCAUUUUCAACAGUGAUGGUGACACGUGGCUCAUGCAAAGAAAAACCGCUGCUCUUGAAUUCACAACCCGGACAUUACGACAAGCAAUGAACCGGUGGGUGAACCGGACCAUCAGAACCCGUUUGUGGGUAAUUUUGGAUAAAGCCGCUAAGGAAAAAAACCCGGUCGAGUUACAAGAUUUAUUGCUCCGUUUAACUUUUGAUAAUAUUUGUGGACUUACUUUUGGUAAAGACCCUGAAACGCUUUCACCAAAAAUGCCAGAAAAUCCAUUUGCUAUAGCUUUUGAUUCAGCCACUGAAGCCACUAUGCAAAGACUAUUAUACCCUUAUUUUCUUUGGAGGUUGAAAAAAUUUCUAGGCAUUGGAGCUGAAAAAAGGUUACAAAAAAGCCUAAAAGUUGUUGAAAAUUACAUAUCCGAGGCUUUGGAUUCUCGUAAGGAAAGUCCAUCAGAUGAUUUAUUGUCACGUUUCAUGAAGAAAAAGGACAUAAACGGUAAUUCAUUUCCAAGUGAUGUACUUAAACGCAUUGCUUUGAAUUUUGUUCUAGCUGGACGUGACACAUCGUCUGUGGCUAUGAGCUGGUUCUUUUGGAACGUAAUGAAUAAUAACUGCGUGGAAAAUAAGAUAAUUGAAGAAAUAUCGAACGUUCUAAAGGAAAGCCGGGGCGAUGAUCGUGAAAAAUGGACUGAAGAGCCGCUGAAUUUUGAUGAAGCCGAUAAGUUGAUUUAUCUCAAAGCGGCUUUAGCUGAAACUUUACGAUUAUACCCUUCAGUCCCUGAAGAUUUUAAAUAUGUUGUUUCUGAUGAUGUUUUGCCAGAUGGCACGUGGGUCCCAGCCGGUUCAACAGUAACUUAUUCAAUUUACUCGGUCGGGAGAAUGAAAACGGUUUGGGGUGAGGAUUGUAUGGAAUUUAAACCGGAGAGGUGGCUCUCGACCGGUGGAGACCGGUUCGAACCGCCAAAAGAUGGGUAUAAAUUUGUUGCAUUUAAUGGUGGACCGAGAACUUGUUUAGGCAAAGAUUUGGCUUACCUUCAAAUGAAAUCUGUGGCUGCUGCUAUUUUGCUUCGGUACCGGCUAUUGCCGGUUCCCGGUCAUAAAGUUGAACAGAAAAUGUCGUUGACUCUGUUUAUGAAAAAUGGACUUAAAGUUUACUUGAAUCCACGUCAACUUGAACCUGCGGUUCCAAAGAUUGCUAUGUCUGCAUGAAGAAAGGGCAAAAUGGGAAUUAAAAUGGUAUAAUUGAAUUAUUGGUAAUUGUAAUUGUAUUUGCUUUGUUGUAAUUUGCAAUGUGUUUGUUAUUGAUUUGUUUGGUUACUUUGAGUUUUAAGAACAAUUUAUUUAUCGUAUA